AUGGCUCCCAACGGCAAUCCGAAGGCGAGGAAUGGUGCCGGUGUCGCCCAUGGAAGGCCCAACGCUGCAAGGCGUGUGAUUCCCGUCAUUCCCCUCCCCAUGGACCGUCGCGUCAAGGCCAAUGCUGCUGCAAAGCAGGCCGCCGCUGCUGCCCAAGCCGCCACUAUUGCGACCAUUCCUCGACCCGCCAUCACGAACGGCUCUUCCUUGAAAAUUCAGCACGACGUCGACUCCGCCCCCAGCACGCCCAAGACCAUCGAUAUCGAGAUUGCCGCACACGAAAACGACAAGGGACAGCCCGUUGCUGCUACCAAUGGUGCUGAGGAGACGCCUUCGCCUGCCGACCCGGAAGUCGAUGACACAAAGGAUCGCGAAGCUACCGAUUCCCAGGAAUCUUCUGCCGCCAUCCCGACCCCGUCCACGACCGAAGAGUCCGAAUCGACCGACAAGACCGCCGACCAAGACCUCCCCCGCUCUGCUGAAGAGCCUGUUCGAGGUAAUAAUCACGUCGCCUCUCCGCCCGCGGUGGCCCAAUUUGACAAUACGCACCAGCAGCAUCCAUCGACAUUCCGACCCCCUCCCGUCAUCCCUCCGACGCGUUACAACAUGCCGCCUAAUCCUCACAAUGGCUCGCGCCCUUCUCCCGUCGUCAUCAACGGUACCUCUCACCGGGGCCCCCGAUCAGUUCACAACGGUCCUCCACACAUGCAUGGCCCGCGUCCCAGCAAUGGAAGCCUUCAGUUUGGAGGUUUCGCGUCCAACUCGUCUUCUCCGGCCCCCCCUCACUCUGGAGGCUUCAUGCCCCCUCCUGGCAUGCCUCUCCCCGACGGACGAUCCUUCAGCGGUGCUGCCAACGGUUUCCACCGCCAGAUGCCCUACGGUACGGAAUUUGUUCCCGGCACCGGUGUAGAUGGAUUCGGCCGACCUGUUCCAGGCUAUGGAGGCAUGGAGCAGUACCCUCCUCAUCUCAACGGUGGCUACGGACCUUCGACUCCUCAUAGUUUCCAGGGGUCGCACUCUUCGGCCCAUGCGGAUGAUACUGGUGCCUACAACCACUACCCCGCGCCAGGCGUCCCCAACGGUACGACACAUGUCGAUGACGCUCGCCCUCACCCUCCUGCGGCCGGAGCUUUCGGUGCACCGCCCCAGCGAAUGAUGCCUGGGCCUAUCCCGCCCCCGCAUAUGAUGCACCCCGGCCACGAGCACCAGGGACUGGACGACAUGGCCGCCUAUCUGCGAUCGCAGUUUAGAGACCCUGCCUUUGCCGACUGCACCCUGGAGCUUCGCUAUCUCGACGACCGCGCUCCUCCCGUUCGCCUACCAGGUCACCGCCUGGUUCUUGCCAGAAGCCAAGCCGUUCGCAAUGUUCUAGAGGCUGAUAACGUCGAAUCCAGCUCGCCCGGCGCUAACCGCACCAUUCUUCUGCAGUCCGAUGAUAAGUACCUCCGAUCUGAUGCCUUCUGGAUGGCCGUGCAGCACCUGUACGCCUUUCCGCUAUUGGACAUGCCUGAGCCAGCCUCGAAUGGCAAUUUUACCAUGGCUGGCAACGCCGAUGACCGCUUCGACUUUGCCCUUGGCUAUGCUGCCGCCGGUCAUAUCCUGGCGUGGCAGCCUAUUGUUUUCCGUGGCCUGGAGAUAGCGUCUCAUUCCCUUAGCUGGUCGACGAUUGAGCGCGCUCUUGGCUUCGCCCUCGGCGAUUUGCCUAGUCGCGCUUCAGCUGACAGACACAGCCAGUUCAUUUAUGGCGAACCUGUUCACGUUUUGAUGAACGGCAUCAUCUCAUUCAUCAUCAACAACUUCCCACCCGAUUUCACCCUGGACACGUCUGUCGCCGAUCCUGAGCGCUUUGCCCGACUUCCUAUUGCUUCCACAUCGAUACCACCCCGCGAAGGAACACCCACGAUUGCUCGCGGAACGGCGGGCCAAGAUCGUCGCCCUCGCCCCAUGCACAUCCAGUUCGGUGACCUCGCUUUGGGCCCUGACAACACAUCAAACGGCUCGGAUUCGACCUCACAAUCCUCUCAGCACAAUAGCAUCCGGUCGACGCUCUCAGCCAUUCUUAUCAACCUCCCGUUUGCGUACUUGAAGCCAGCCCUCGAGUCCAGUGGCUAUGGUAAUGUCAAUGGAUGGGCGAACGUCGAGGCUCGGCAUCACAUCAUGCGGGCCGUCGUUUCUGAGCGGGAGAAUAGACGCUCGAGAGUGAUUGAGGCGGUCAGAUCUGGAGCGGUUCCGCAUGCCGAGUCCAUCUUGUAUAGCCUGCAGAGUGCCGAUCCUCGUCAGAAUGAGGAGUGGCAUGCCCUUGGCUGGCGCGAGGAUGUGGUCUCGUACGUUAACGGCGACGCGCCGUCUCUCGGCCGGCAGUGGGUUCCGUUGAUGGCGCCGCAGCAGCAAAACGGCACCGGACAUGUGGAGGUUACCAGCCGAGCGGCCUACCCUUGA